AUGGCUUUUGACAAGAAUGAGAAAGUUUUUCGUCCAGCGAUCUGUUUAUCCGUAGAUAGCUCUAUUUCAAGAACAGCUUCUAAUGUUAAUAUUCGCUGUCGAUUAUGUAAAUACGAAAAAUUUCCUUUACUUCGACUUUUUCUUUACACUCGACUAGGAGAACCAUAUAAAAUCAAUCAAAAACGCGUAUUAUCCUACAAUUCUCACGCGUUAAAUGGACUUUUAAAAAGCGCCACCACCGUAACAAACAAAUUUGCAGUUCCACAUCUUAUCCGUAGUGAUAGCAUUGAUCGGAAAACUUUGUAUACUAGAACAAGGGAGGCUAAUUCUCUCGAUAAGACAUAUGAAAAUGUACCACAAUAUCGACAAAAAGCUGUCAAUAUGGGAUUCGAACCUGUGAUUAGGAUCGAAGGUCGUACAGCGAACGAAAUCUGGGACGAUUAUUCAAAAUUAACCGUCAAACAGAUAAGAGGAUUACAAGUUGAGCCAGAUUUUAAUGCUAUGCUUUCAGUAUUUAAGAGAGAACUCAUCAAACCCGGUGUCGGCUUAAUGAUGAAGCAAAUAUUCAAUGAUAUUGUGGAUAAGGCAGGUCAAAAACCGAGUAUGAAUUGUUUCAAUAUCAUGUUAUCCGCGUACAAAGAUCUCAGAGAUCUGGCAGGAUGCAAAGCUUGUUAUCAGAAAAUGCAAGAAUUUGAUGUGUCAGCAAAUAGGGUCACUUAUAAUGUCAUGAUAGCAGCACACGUGAAACUUGGAAAUCCCAUGGAUGGAAUUAAGUUAUACGAACAGAUGGUAAAGAAAAACAUCAGGCGCGAAAAAACCACAUACAUGGUCAUGAUCGAUGCAUAUCUGAAAGCAAGAGAUUCACUAGGUGAGAACGUUUGCAUCGAAAAAUCCAUGGAUAUAUUUCGAGCAAUUGAACGUGAUGGGUUAACAUAUGAUGAUCGCGCAUUCAAUGCUAUCAUGAAUCUUCGAGUAAAGAUGAAUCUUAAUGACGAGAACAUGGAUGAAGUGGCAGAGUUGUUUCGAGAAAUGAAAAAACGAAAGAUUCAACCGACCACAGUCACUUAUUCCAUAUUAAUAAAUGCAUUGGUACAAGCAAAACGGAAGGAUGAAGCCAUUACACUAUAUAAAGAGAUGCAACGAAAUGAUGUACCUGAUAAUAUGCAGAUCCUUAAAUCACUUGAUAUCUCAAAACUAGAAAUGUUAGGAAUGAUGAGAGAAAAAGAAUCUUCCUUUUCGGAAAAGGAUUAUAAUGAACUAAUCGCAAAAGCAAUCAAAGAAUCAAAUUGGAUUCACGCAUUCGAAGUCUUUAAAACGAUGCGCAAAAAAGGCGUUAACCCAACAAUCACCACUUAUACAAUCCUCAUUGAAGCAUACAUUCGAAACUCGGAAAUUGAUCAAGCGAUGGACAUUUUUAACGGGAUGAAGCUUGAAGGAAUCCAACCAGAUAUCUAUAUUUUCUGCUCUUUAAUAAAAGGCCACCUAAAAGUAAGGCGAUUCGGAGAAACAUUAGAUCUGAUUAGUUUGAUGGAGAAGGAUGGAGUCAGAGGAGACACUGUCACCAUGAAUACUCUAAUAAAAGCCGCUGCUGAUUUCAAAGAAUAUAAUAUAGCGGAAGGAAUAUACAGAAGAAUGCAAAAAAAUCAAAUUUCACCGGAUCGUGUAACCUAUAAGAUUUUAUUAUGGCUUGCGGCUCAAUAUCGUAAUGACGAAACAUUGGAAGAAUUGUUAACGGAGAUGCGGGAAAAGUACAAAAUGGAAGAGAGUGGAGAAAUAUAUCAAUCGAUCAUUACCGGGUUUAGUAGAGCAGGAAAAGUUUAUGAUGCAAUGAGAUGGUAUUAUGACAUGAAAACCAAAGGGUUACAACCAUCACGUGCUAUCAUUUCUCAUCUGAUCGAGGUAUUCUCAAGGAGACGUGAUAGUCAAACGACAAUUCGAUUAUGGAAUGAAAUGUUGGAAUUGAAACAUAAACCAGAUGGACUUGAUGUUCGAAACGUAAUAGAUGUCAGCGGUGGAAGAACUGCCAUACCGAUUGCCAAACAAUUAGAAGCACUUAGUCGUGGGGAACAAAUUGAACGAUUGCAAGUUGCUGAUGGCAUUGAUCUUGAAGAUCCUCAAGCUUUUCUACUACAACUCAAAAAAUCUUUAGAGUUUGAAUUGAGCUGUGAUAUCGAAAGUCGCCAAUUUGACAACAAAAUGAAUUAUAUGAACAAUAUGAAUUAUAAUAGAUAUAAUAAUCAGCAAAGAAACACUUAUUAA